AUGCUACAUGUGCGGCAGUUGCGUGGAGUCCCAAAGAAUUCGGCUUUGCAAUCUAUUUCCACAACAUAUGGAAUUUUUCAGUCUGUAUAUAGCUACUGGAACGACAAGCGGGAACAUUGGCAGAAGCCCAUUCUUCGGCGCUUGCAGCCUCCUCCACCAGUUAAUGAUACCAACCCAUAUAAUGUAUUUAGGCCAAGGGAAAAGGCUCACAGACUCCACACAAGAAGGAUGCAAAGGAGGGAAAACAAUGUUCAAUCAUUUGAAAAGCUUCGCCAGGUAAGACGCAACCUUGAACAAGCAAAGACCAUUCUUAAGGCUCUUGUCAAGAGAGAAGAGAAAAAGAGGGAAGUUAUGGAGAGUGAAAUUAACCUUCAGAGACUUCAAAUGAAACAUAAGAAUGAAACUGAGCUUCUUGAAGAUAGCUUUGCCCUACCAGGAUUUCAUUCCUUUCCUAGCAAGGUUGGUUCAAGUGAGGAUGAGUUUGUUGACUCAAAUGGUGUUGCUGCUAGCCGUCAACAUGUUCGGCCUUCUAUGGUACAAUCUAUGACAUUCGCAGACUCAAAGAUGGUGGCAGUUUCCACUGGAAGCAUAAGACGGGAGUUCAAACGACGUCAGACCCCAUCUGGAUGGCUCCAAAAAUUGGAUCCUAAUGAGCCAAUUCUGCUGUUCACAAAACCUCUGGAUCCCGAGAAACUGGCAGCUGCAGGCAUUAUGCCACCAACAGAUUCAUCAAUGGCCAAUGUCAUAUCAGGGCGCCCAUUUAAUUUCCGUGGACGAAUAGGCAGGGGUGGCCGACUGGUGUUUGACAGAUGGAAUCCACUUAUGCAUACUCCAAUUGAGUGCGGUGAUACUUUAUACCUACCACCAAAGCCCCGGCCAGCCACCCAUCGCUGAUAUGAAAUGUUAUUUCCAGUUUCUGAACUUGGAAGAGUAUGCUCUAUGGUUCUAUGCUCUAGGUUUACCAUAGCUCAUUGUGCAAUUAACAUUGUAUUCUUCAAGGUUAGGAAAAAGAGCACACCCUUUGUACAAUUAGCGGUAUUCUCGUGUUUUUUUCGAGGCUAGUCGGUAGAAAGGAAGAGCCCAACAGAGCGUCUUUGUUGCGGAUUUAGCAACAUGAUGUUUGGAGUAAAUGCGUAGAUAGUGUUUUAAAUGAAAUGGAAUUGCAUCAAGUGAAGUAGAAUAAUUUCUCCAUUGUGUUGUAAAUUCUGACAUUUUAAUUUUCUUUCUGAUCAGUUUCUCUUGGUCCUUUAAAUUA